AAACCAAAUGUCAACAGUUGCUAAGGUGUUGGUAAGCAAACGACCAGAAACGAUAAUUGUGUUACACGUGCGUUUCUGGAUGCUUUUGUUUUUUUUUUCUCAAAUUGCAGAUAAAUUGCGCUCGUGAUGACCUGCGUCGGCAAGGAGAACAGCUACCUCAUCUACCGGGGAAGCAACUUUCUCAAGCAGCGACUCAUCCUCGCCACACUGAGCGGUAAGCCCAUUGAAGUGCGCGACAUCCGAAUACUGGAUGAGGAAAAUCCCGGUCUGUGCGAGUAUGAAACCAGUCUGCUCAAACUGCUCGACAAGAUCACCAACGGGACGAGAGUGAAGGUCGAUAGAAGCGGAUGUUCGUUCACUUAUCAACCGGGGCUGCUCUAUGGUGGCACAAUACAGCACGAUUGCUGCGUGGAGCGCGGAAUCGGCUACUAUCUGGAUGUGUUGGUUGCGUUGGGUCCGUUCUGCAAGAUUCCGCUGAAUGUUACGUUGACCGGGGUAACGAACAGUCCCGAAAGUCCGUCGGUGGAUCAUAUCAAAGCGUCCGCCUUCAGUGCCCUGAAGCGUUUUCUGCUGGUGGAUGAAGGCUUGAGUUUAACGGUGCAUAAACGUGGAAUGAUGCCUGGCGGCGGGGGAGAGAUACAUUUUACGUGUCCAGUGCGGAAGACACUAAAAGCGAUUCAGUGCACGAAGCAGACGAUGGUGAAACGGAUCCGGGGAACGGCAUACUGUUGUAAGGUUUCACCAGCGAUGGCCAACCGGGCCGUUGAGUCGGCCAAGGGAUGCAUGUUGAAUUUUCUACCCGAUGUUUACAUCAAUACCGAUCAGCACAAGGGGAAGCGAUCGGGAAACAGUCCGGGAUAUGGGGUCAACAUUGUGGCAGAAACGACGGAUGGGUCUCGGUUUUCGGCGGAAGCGACUUCCAAAACGUUGCUGGUCGGUGAAAAUCCAUCCAUCCCGGAGGACGUGGGGAAAGAAGCGGCAUUGAAAUUGCUGGACGAAAUAUAUCGCGGAGGAUGCGUCGAUUCCGCCUUUCAGUGGUUGGUUGCACUUUUCAUGGCGCUUGGACAGAAGGAUGUUUCGAAAUGUUUGAUAGGUCCCCUGUCGCAAUAUACGAUCUAUUUUCUGCAGCAUUUGAGAGAGUUUUUUGGAAUCACUUUCAAACUCGAAAAUGCUGCUGUGGCCAAUGGAGAAGAGGACGAACAAGAUGACGAUGAAAUGACAGGAUCGAACAAGGUGAUGAUGACCUGCGUUGGAAUUGGGUACAGUAAUUACAGCAAGAAAGUAAUAUAGAAAUAUUUUUCAAUGAAACUAAA